CAGUCCCCCGAGUGACUGAAGCGCCCGCAGGUGCCUGUGCCUGUGUAUCCCGACUAUAAACCAAAUCCUCUUGCUGAUUGCAUCCUGUGGUGUCUCGGUCUGGUCUUUAAAGUUGGAGGGUCUCCAUCCCGAGGGAAAGUUCUCCCUGAGAGCUUUUCAAUACAAUAUUAUGUCUGUUUCUAUAAUAGACCUGAGCAUCUACUUGAACUGGGUAUUAUGCGGCUUUGUAAGGGCAAUACACCAAAGACACUGAAAAAGAAUUGUAUUUUCAAAGGUUAUUUUAAGGGCAGCAUUUAAAUUUUUGUGUAAACCAGACAACUUAACCAAUGCCAUCGGAAAGAACUCGAUCAUAUUAAUAUUUAUAUCUUUUAUUUUAUAUUAUUAUUAUUUUAGGGUCUUUGAGACAGGAUUCCACAGCUUCUUAGAUAAAUCCCCCACUCCCUGCUCCUCACACACCACUUCCCUUUCAUCCCCACGCCCCUCUUAUUCUCCUUCCCCCCCUACCCCAACCCUCCCCACACACACCAUCUUCUCCGGCUCCCUACCUCCGCCGGGGUUUCUCUGUGUAACCCUGGCUGACCAGGAACUUGCUCUGUAGACCAGGCUGGCCUCAAAGUCACGAAUCCACAUGCCUCGGCUUCCCGAGUGCUGGGAUUAAAGGCGCGUGCCCCACCACCGCCCAAUUUAAAUACUUAACUUUUUUUAAUAACUACUAAAAAAAAAAAAAAAAAAAAAAAAAAAAAAAAAAGCGUGCACAUCCUGGGACAGCCUGAACCUAGAAAAAGGAGCCUCUUAAGCCACACCUUCAUUCCGGCUCAGUAAUUGCGUCACAAAAACCGUAGCCAAUGAGAGCGGGCUUGGGUGGCGUUCAGCCAAUGGGCCUAGAGCGGGAGAUUCGAAAGUGUUCGGGUCGCGGGCUCCCCUCCCGCUUUUGCCCUGGAGAAUGGCUCAGAAAGAGAACGUCUACCCGUGGCCCUACGGCUCAAAGACGUCUCAAUCUGGCCUGAACACCUUGCCCCAGAGAGUCCUACGGAAGGAGCCUGCCGUGACACCUGCACAGGCCCUCAUGAACCGGUCCAACAGCCAGUCCACAGCUGUCCCUGGUCAGAAGUUGACUGAGAACAAGGGUGCCACUGCCUUGCAAGGAUCCCAGAGCAGGCAGCCUUUCACCAUUGACAACUUUGAGAUUGGGCGUCCUCUGGGCAAAGGCAAAUUUGGAAAUGUGUACUUGGCUCGGGAGAAGAAAAGCCGUUUCAUCGUGGCGCUAAAGAUCCUCUUCAAGUCUCAGAUUGAAAAGGAGGGGGUGGAGCACCAGCUCCGCCGAGAGAUCGAAAUCCAGGCGCACCUGAAACAUCCCAAUAUUCUUCAGCUGUACAACUACUUCUAUGACCAGCAGAGGAUCUACUUGAUACUCGAAUACGCCCCCCGCGGAGAGCUCUACAAGGAACUACAGAAGAGCGGAACCUUCGAUGAGCAGCGGACUGCCACGAUCAUGGAGGAACUGUCAGACGCGCUGAUGUACUGCCACAAGAAGAAGGUGAUUCACAGAGACAUAAAGCCCGAGAACCUGCUGUUAGGUCUACAGGGAGAGCUGAAGAUUGCGGACUUUGGCUGGUCUGUGCAUGCCCCAUCCCUGAGGAGGAAGACCAUGUGCGGCACCCUGGACUAUCUGCCCCCAGAGAUGAUUGAAGGGCGGAUGCAUAAUGAGAUGGUAGAUCUGUGGUGCAUUGGAGUGCUCUGCUAUGAACUGAUGGUGGGGAACCCACCCUUUGAGAGCCCUAGCCACAGUGAGACAUAUCGUCGGAUUGUCAAGGUAGACCUGAAGUUUCCCUCUUCUAUGCCUUUGGGGGCCAAGGACCUCAUCUCCAAGCUGCUCAAACAUAACCCCUCACAACGACUGCCUCUGGAGCAGGUCUCGGCUCACCCUUGGGUCCGGGCCAACUCACGGAGGGUUCUGCCUCCCUCUGCCCUUUAGCCUGCUUCUUGAUUUUUGUUCCUGUCAUUUCUCAGUUUUCUUUGUAUGUCUGUGUAUGUGUCGUGAGAAGGGGAUAGUGAUUGGAAACUAUCCCUAACCCCAGUUCUAGGGAAUCUUAUUCCUUGGGGAUCUUAUUCCUCUUCUGACCUCUACAGGCAAAAUUGGGCAUACAUGUCGUACACAUAUAUGCAAGCCAAACAUAUAAAGUUAAAAAACAAACAGUGCUAGAGAGAUGGCUUGGCAGUUAAAAGCACUGGCUACUCUUCCCAAGAACCAGGAGUUCAAUUUGAGCACUACAAUGGUGCUCACAACCACUGUCUGUAACACCUAAUUCUGGGGUAUCGAGGCCUUCAAGCCUCUGCAGGCAGUAGGCAUGGAUGUGGUAUCAUCUAUGCAGGCAAAACACCCAUGCACAGAAUUUUAAACCCUCUAAAUGAAAGAAUUUGUCAAUGUUGAACGUCAUUUUAAAAAUACUAUAAGCCAAAAAUGCAUUUAAUACAAUUUUUCUCUGAAACAUGGUUUAGCCUACUCUGUUUUAAAUUCAGGAAAAUUAUGAAGAAUAAAGCAUAUUUUAUAAUAAA